AUGCCUAACUGCUAUCCAGCCCUGAUCUUUCUGCUACUCUUUCAUAAUGCCUGUUCUAACCCUGUCUUUCAACCAUCCUUGGUGCUGGACAUGGCCAAAGUACUGUUGGACAAUUACUGCUAUCCUGAGAACCUGGUGGGAAUGCAAGAGACCAUAGAACAGGCAAUAAAAAGUGGGGAGGUUCUGCAUGUUUCUGAUCCUUUAACCUUAGCUAGUGUUUUCACAGCUGGGGUACAAAGUUCACUCAAUGACCCACGACUGAUUGUAUCUUAUGAGCCAUCUCCUACUGUGAAGCAAGAGACAGAAACCAUCCCAACUCCUGAGCAGCUGCAGUUCCUUGUGGAUCAUUCCAUUAAGUAUGAAGUUCUGCCUGAAAACAUUGGCUACCUUCGAAUUGACUAUGUAAUUGGUCAAGAUGUUGUUCAACAAAUUGGUCCCUUUCUUGUGAAGAACAUUUGGGGAAAACUUAUGCCAAGUUCUGCUCUGGUUUUGGAUCUAAGGCACAGUACUCAAGGUAAGGUCUCUGGCAUUCCCUUUGUUGUGUCUUACUUGACUGAAGCUCAACCUGUAGUCCAUAUUGACACCAUUUACAACCGCCCUACCAACACCACAACAGAGUUAUGGACACUUCCAGCAUUGAUAGGUAAGAGAUACAGCAAAAGCAAAGAUGUGAUAGUGUUAACAAGCAGGUAUACCAAAGGCAUUGCUGAGGAUGCUGCUUACAUUCUUAAACAUAUGAACAGGGCAAUUAUUGUUGGAGAAAGAACAGCAGGCGGGUCUUUGGACAUAGAGAAAAUUAAAAUUGGACAAUCAGAUUUCUACAUCACUGUUCCUGUAUCCCGAUCAAUAAGUCCACUAACUGGGCAGAGUUGGGAAGUAGCUGGUGUUUUUCCCUGUGUAGUUGUGAAUGCAGAGGAUGCACUUAAUAAAGCUUUGGACAUUUUGUCUGUUCGUUCCAAAAUUCCAAGUAUACUACAACAGCUCAAUGAAAUCUUGGGAAACCUUUAUGCUUUCCUUGACCGCAUCCCAACUUUGUUAAAGCAUCUUUCAAACAUGGACUAUGCCUCAGUCAUUUCUGAAGAAGAUCUUGCAGCAAAAUUAAAUUAUGAGCUUCAAUCUGUGACAGAGGACCCCAGACUGAUUGUAAGGUGCAAAUAUUUUACCCCAGUGCUGCCAGAAACAUUUCCAUCUCAGCAGGAGUUACCAGAUGAUGAAAAUAUUCUUCAAGCUUUAGUCAACAGUGUUUUCAAGGUUAAUAUCCUCCCUGGGAACAUAGGGUACUUGCGAUUUGAUGAGUUUGCUGAUAUCACUGUUCUCGGUAAAUUAGGACCUCACAUUGUUAACAAAGUUUGGGAUCCAAUCACAAGCACAGAAAACCUCAUUAUAGACUUGCGUUAUAAUACUGGUGGUCCCUCCACUGCCAUUCCCUUACUUCUGUCUUACUUUCAUGAGCCAGAGUCUAGGAUUCAUCUCUUCACCAUGUAUGACCGACUAUCAAACACUACAAAGGAGUUCUAUAGCCUUCCCGAUCUUCAUGGGAAACGAUAUGGUUCUAAAAGAGAGGUGUAUGUACUGACCAGCCACAGAACUGCUACAGCAGCAGAAGAAUUUGCCUAUCUUAUGCAGUCUUUGAGCAGAGCCACAAUCAUUGGUGAAAUCACAUCAGGGACCCUAAUGCACUCACGGUCAUCAAAUCUUGAUUCCACUCAAUUGACUGUAACAGUGCCUGUGAUCAACUUUAUAGACAAUAAUGGUGAUUGCUGGCUUGGAGGAGGAGUAGUGCCAGAUGCUAUUGUUCUAGCAGAAGAAGCCUUGGAAAAAGCUAAGGAAAUCAUUAUUUUUCACCCAAAAGUCUCUGCAUUGGUAAAGGGCACUGGAGUGCUCUUAGAGGUCCAUUAUGCCAUUCCAGAGUUGGCUAACAAAGUGAGUAAUGCCCUUAAGAGUAAGUGGUCUGAGGGUGGAUACCGAUCUGUAGUUGAUCUAGAAUCUUUGGCUUCUCAACUUACUUCAGACAUUCAGGAAAUCUCAGGAGACCAUCGCCUUCAUGUAUUUUACAGUGACAUAGAACCAGAAGUCUUGGAAGACAAGCCUCCAAAAAUCCCUUCACCAGAAGAACUUAGCUACAUUAUUGAUGCUUUAUUUAAGAUUGAAGUUCUGCCAGGAAAUGUAGGAUAUCUGAGAUUUGACAUGAUGGCCGAUACAGAAAUAAUUAAAGCUAUUGGGCCCCAAUUGGUUAGUCUUGUCUGGAAUAAGUUGGUUGACACAAGUACCUUAAUCAUUGACAUGAGAUACAACACUGGUGGUUAUUCUACUGCCAUCCCCAUUUUUUGUUCAUAUUUUUUUGAUCCUGAGCCACUACAACACCUUUACACAGUGUAUGAUCGUAGCACCUCAACUGGUACUGAAAUAUGGACACUUCCAGUAGUAGCUGGCCAAAGAUAUGGGUCUUCCAAAGACAUUUAUGUACUCACAAGUCACAUGACUGGUUCAGCAGCUGAAGCCUUCACAAGAUCAAUGAAGGAUCUUAAUCGAGCUACUAUUAUUGGUGAGCCAACUAGCGGGGUGUCUUUGUCUGUUGGUAUAUACAAAGUUGGGGAAAGUCAGCUUUAUGCCUCAAUUCCUAAUCAAGUGGUGAUUAGCUCCGUGACUGGCAAAGUGUGGAGCGUAUCAGGGGUUGAACCUCAUGUAAUCAUUCAAGCCAAUGAGGCCAUGAACGUUGCUCAACGCAUAAUUAACCUGCGCGCUAAAAUUCCUUCCAUUAUCCAGACUGCUGGAAAACUAGUAGCUGAUAACUAUGCCUUUGAAGAAAGCGGAGCAGAAGUGGCUUCAAAACUUCUUUCCAUGGUGGACAAAAGGGACUACAGAACAAUUAAGUCUGAAAUGGAACUAGCUGAAAAAAUAAACUACGAUCUUCAGACUCUGUCAGCAGAUGUUCAUCUCAAAGCUGUCUACAUACCGGAAAACUCAAAGGAUCGCAUACCAGGGGUUGUGCCAAUGCAGAUCCCCUCUCCUGAUAUGUUUGAAGACCUUAUCAAGUUUUCCUUCCACACGGAUGUGUUUGAAAAGAAUAUUGGUUACAUGCGUUUUGAUAUGUUUGCUGAAUGUGAUAUUCUGAACCAAGUAUCACAUCUUUUGGUGGAACAUGUAUGGAAAAAAGUUGUUAGCACCGAUGCCUUAAUUAUCGACAUGCGAUUUAACAUUGGAGGUCCCACAAACUCCAUUCCAGCACUUUGCUCUUACUUCUUUGAUGAAGGGACCCCUGUUCUCCUUGAUAAAGUCUACAGCCGAACUGCCAAUGCCAUUACAGAUGUGUGGACCUUGCCUCUGCUUGCAGGUGCUUCAUUUGGCUCCAAGAAACCUCUUGUGAUUUUAACCAGCUCAAUGACAGAGGGUGCUGCAGAGGAAUUUGUGUACAUCAUGAAGAGAGUAGGACGGGCAUAUGUCAUUGGAGAAAAGACAAGUGGAGGAUGUCAUCCUCCUCAAACCUACCAUGUGGAUGAUACCCACCUGUACCUCACCAUCCCUACAUCUCGAUCAGCCACUGAAGACCCAGGUGCAGCCUGGGAAGGCAAAGGGUUACUGCCUGAUUUACAUGUUCCAUCUGAAACAGCUCUGCUAAAAGCCAAGGAGGUCCUAGGUGCACAAAUACAAGGGAAAAGAUAA